UCGAUUCCCUAUAGCCGCUCCCUCCUAGUUGCUGUUCUUGUUGUUGGUGCCGCAGCAUCUCCGCUUCUUCUCCAUAUAAUUCCAUUUCCUCGUCGUCUUCAUCGCUGUACACAGACAGCAAGGCAAUCCCCUCGGCCUCUUUCUUCCGCGACGCCAUGGAUGGAUGGACGGAAGCUCUCUAGGAACGGAAAGGCGCGAUGCGAUGUAGCUGGACGCUUCUCCUCCUGGUCCAUUUACUUGGUGGCGGGCCCUUUGAUUGGUGGCGGUGUGAUUUGUGGCGAUCAACUCCGCUCAAGAUGCUCGGGAAGGGGUUUCGGGGUUUUUUUUUUAUUGGGGUUUUCUGCGUGGGCG